ACGUCGGCCCAGACAGGAGGAAACAAAAGGCGCACAGCAACAUUGCAACCGAUACACUCAGUUCAGUUAAAUUCUGUUUGUUUUGUUCGGUUUAAUUUGUUUUUGACUACAUACAUAACUAUAACUGUAUAUAAUUUGUUUGAUUGUUUGCAACGCAUCGAAAAUUCAUACUCAUCAUCGCUCAUACAUCGUUCAUCAAUAUUGCUUAAAUGGUUGUUUUAAUAUUUAUUGUUGUUGUGUUAAACAGUAGUUAAGUUAAGAAGACAUUCAAGUGCAAAAAUAAGAAAGAAACCAAAAAUAUAUAACAAUUUACACCAACAAGUGCAAUGGCUACGAUUACGACCACAACCACGGCUGGCGCACAGCACAGCAUCGUACAAAUGGCCAGCCGACAGAUGCCGCAUGGGCUGGGUUUACUCACAACGGUCGCCUCGUUGCCACCAAAGUAUCGCAGUCGUUACCUGAAUCUCAAAGCAAAGUGUGAAACACCGUUAGAUCUCUCGGUGAAACCGAACUCACCUGUACCUACUAACAACAAUAAUAAUAACACCGAAGAGUCAGACAACGAUGUACCUAUGGCCGCCACAUUCACCGAAGUCUACACUGAACCCAGUGAGGAGUCUGUGGUGACAACACAGGUGUUCAGCGAAAGCAGUGAAGUCUCAUUAGUGCCCAUUAGCAAUGAAGUUUAUGUCGUGCAAGAAACCACACCACAAACGGAGGAAGCCGUAGUCACCAUCACACAAAUCUCGAAACCCAUAACACCACCGCUAACGCCCACAAAACGCAAGCAUGCUGUUAUGCUUGAGGAAGAGACCACCGAUCAGGUGUUUACAGUUUUGGAGACACAAACAGUGCAGCAGGCUCGCGAGAACCCCGCUAAGCUGGCAAAGAGCGUCACACAUCCGACGACCAAACGCGAUUGUACGCCCACGAAACCCAUUAAAGCCACGGACACAGCGCCAAAAACGGUGAAGGCACAAACGCCGGCCACUAAAAGCAGCAAAAAUAAAGCGACGCGUAAACUAAAGUUUGACGAAGAAACAAGCUCGCCCGUAUCGGGCACCAUUAUACGCCCACUAGAGGACAUCACCGAUGGCACGAUGCAGUACAGCAACGGUGAUAUUGAUCCCAAGUACAAUAUUGUCGAGAUCACCGAGGAGACUAAGGCCGAAUUGGCCGCGAUUAAAAAUGUAAUUGGCGAUUACGUUUGCAAGCUGUGUCGCAUCAAAUUCGAUGACGCAUUCGGUUUGGCACGUCAUCGCUGUGCCUGCAUAGUGCUGCUCGAGUAUCGUUGUCCGGAGUGUGGUAAACAGUUUAACUGUCCCGCUAAUUUGGCUUCGCAUCGCCGCUGGCAUAAACCAAAGAAAACGGAUGCCAAUAACGCUGGUAACGCUGCAAAUUCAGCUUCGCGCAAAGAGAACCGUAACACCACAAAUAAUACCUCACAAACUAGCAACGUAGCAGGGCUCAACGAACAAUCCGCCGAUUUGCCUUAUCCCUGCGAUAUCUGUGGCAAGCGCUUCAAGCGUGCCGCCUAUCUACGUAAACAUCAACAGACCCACAAUAAGAAACGUACAACGAGCACGACAAGUGUCGGUGGAACCGCGCAAGAAACACCAGCACUCAUAGCCGAUGGUGGACUCUCCACAGCAUCCACUGCCGUCAUGGGCAAUUCCUAUCCAUCAUAUGCCGAUUCAACGGCAUCUUCGUCAGCUUCGAGCAUACACUCUUAUAAUGGCGCUACCGCCGAAGAAGAGGUGAUCAGUUAUGCCACAGCCAAUGGCGGCUAUAUCGAAUAUGUGGACGAUGAGGACGACGUGCGUUCCACCACGAGCAGCGCUAGUUCGUCGACAGGCUAUGGACGCUUGCAAAUCGUCGAAACUGGCUUGACGGAAGAGGAGAAUAUCGCGGCUGCCGCAUUGACGAACUUACGGAACUGUGCAUCGGUGAUUCAGCACACCACAUUAGCGCACUGAUUGCCGGGGUACGCUGAUUGCUAGAUCGAGGGGUCGUUGCCCGCACGCAAGCUCGCUUCGUGCUUCGGUCGGUCGUUUGGUUGAUUAGUGUCCCUGUUCGUGCGCAUAGUGUAAGUGCAAGUGUGCGUGGGUAAGGUGGCUAGUGUAGCGUAGUGUUUUGUUCGUAAUGAGACGACGGUGGCGAGGGUGGCUCAAACGUGCAACGAUGAGUGUAUUGGCAGUGUGUACGUGAGUGGGCUGUGGUGGGGGUGUGUUGGGUGGCGGUUUGUAAAUACUUUUAGUGCAGCCAUUAAGGGUUGAUUUGUGUGUUUUCAUUUAUGAAAGUUAUGUUUAAGUUCUACGCCAUCCCGUUCAAUGUAAUGUUUAGGAUUUUUUUCAUGUUUUGUGUUUGUGUUUUUGUUUUGUUUUGCUUCGUUUAGCUCUGCAGCUAAGUAUACCAAAGAUUAGUUUUAAAGCGUUGGCUUGGCAUUUUCGCGCGUCGUUUACGAAAUUCGCCAAACGCCAUUUUAUGUUUUCUCAAUUAACAGGCUUCUUCGGUUAGGUUUACCUUAUGCAUAGCUUAGUUUUUAGGUUAGUUUUAUUACGACCUGCAGUAGGCGCAAAUAGUACGAGCACAUUCUAGUCAUGGAAACGCAAACAGCUCUAGUCACUAAUUUAGUUAAAACAUAGUUACAAAUAUCGCUCAGGAUUUUGUAGAGUCAGCUUCGCAUAGAUCUCAUUUAGUUUUAUUGGAAAUCAGUUUAAAUCUAGUUUUUACCACUUAACAUAGUUUAUAAUUUAACGCAAGUUUAUGGCAUGUCAGGCGAAAUAGUGCAGUAAAAAUUUUAGUCUAGUUUAAUGGUAAAAAAUUCUCUCUCUCCGAGGAAUACCAAAGAAAUGAGUGUGAACUCUAGUCAACUUAAUACGUAAGCAACAGUUUAGUUCUUUUUUAGGGCUUUUAGGUUAGGUUAGGUUAUUUUUCAUUAAAUUUUUAAAUAGUUUAGUUACACAAAAAGCAACAACAAUAAGUCACUUUUUGUGUUGUUGUAAACUAUGAAAACCAGCAAAUCACUACCAAAACUAAAUACAAACUACGAAGUACAAUACCAAUUAAUUUCUAAAUGUACAUUAUAUAAAGCUAAGCGGUUGUAUACUUAAAAUUAUUUUAUUAAAAAAAUGAAAAUUGUAAAAAUAACGAAAUUCAAACGAAUAACGAAAUAUCACAACGUUAUUGUUCCUUAAAAAUUAGUUUUGAGAAGCGAAAUUAUACUCAAAUAUGAAAAUAACUAAUUGUAAA